AUGGCGCCCUCCGACCGUCUGAACCAGGUCAAUAAGCACCUGAAUUACCCGGCGGGCAUGCUCGCCGGUCAAGUCGCCAUCAUCACCGGCGCUGGCCAGGGCAUCGGUGCCGAAGCAGCUCGACUUUUCGCCAAUGAAGGAGCCAAGGUCGUGGCGCGGAUAUUGAUAGCAGCAAACGCGGUGGCUGAUGCCAUCAAUGCCGCUGCUCCCGGUCGAGCAUUGGCUGUUGUGGGCGAUGUUCUCGACGCCAAUUAUAUCGAUACGCUGGUGAAGAAGACUGCCGAGUUUGGCGGGGGCAAGAUUCAUAUUAUCAUCAAUAAUGCCGGGUUUACUUGGGACGGGGUCAUUCACAAGAUGACAGACAAGCAAUGGGACACCAUGCUGGCAGUGCACAACACAGCACCAUUCCGCCUCGUCCGAGCUGCUGCACCCUACUUCCGCGUCAAGGAUCAGGAGCCUCGUGUAGUAAUCAACAUCAGCAGCACCAGCGGUAUUCACGGAAAUGCCGGCCAAGCCAACUACGCCGUCGCCAAAGCCGGCGUCGUCGGUCUCACCCGCACCAUCGCCAAGGAAUGGGGUCCAGCCUUUGGUGUGCGUUCCAACACCAUCGCCUUUGGCUUCGUCACGACCCGUUUAACAGCCGCCAAGGAAGCGGGUGCCUUUAUCACCACGCCCGAUGGCGAAAAAGUCGCUCUGGGUAUUCCCGGAAAGCAAUUAGAUGGAAAAAAGGGCGACGAGGCGUCGUAUCCGGAUAUUCCGCUUCGACGACCGGCUAGUCCGGAGGAGGCGGCUAGAGCCGUUUUGGCGGUGGCGAGUCCGUUGUUUUCGUAUGUGAAUGGGGAGACGAUUCGGGUGACUGGGGGAAGGAAUAUGUAA